AUGAUGACCCCGCGCUUCUCCAUCGCCGUGGCCGCCGUGGCCUGGAUGCUCGCCUCCACCGGCUCGUUCUUCGCUGCCGGCUCGCCCACCGAGGCGGCCGAACGGGCCCAGUUCGAAGAGAACCUAGUCCUCGGCGGCGGCACCAUACAGUGGAAGGGCAUACUCGAGGAGGGAAAGCCCGAGGUCAUCUUGUCUGGCAAAGACUUUGAGGACAUCGAGCGCAAGGCCAAGGACCUCAACCCGAGCUACACCAUCUUUGCCACCGAGAACUCGACCGCCCUCGAGGCGCGCGGCGAAGCCCUCAAGGGUCGCCAGACGGCAAGCGUGGAUGCGAUCCGCGAGGGCAUUGCGUACCUCCGCACCAUCUUGGGCCAAUGCCGCGCCGACCCGGGUCCCUGGUCCUGCGGGCGCGUCAGCUGCUCUCGGAACUCGGCCAUCCAUUAUUGCAACGACAACUCCGAGGAGCACUGGGAGCCAUGCAGAUGGAUCGGCGACGUCGCCGAGGGUAUCGUCCGCCUGUGCGAGAACAACGGGGGGGUGUCGGGCGAGGCCCGCGAUCAACGUCGCUGGUACACCGUGGUUGGCCGCGGUAACUGCUGA